AUGGCCGCCAGCAUGGCUCACUAUCAAGGCCACCUCAGCAACCGCAUCACGACUGGACGCGCCGAGACGGUUGGCCAGGCACAGUACCCGCCGCGGCGAGCAGAGCGCAAGUACAAGCUCGAGGUCGAGCAGCAACCCAUCCGAGCGCGCAUGUGUGGCUUUGGCGACAAGGACCGGCGGCCCAUUACGCCUCCGCCGUGCAUCCGGCUCGUGGUACUGGACGAGAUGGAUCGCGAGCUCGACUUCAACGAGAUCGACAGCACCUACUUUGUCCUCAUGGUGGACCUGUGGAACGAGUCGGGCCAGUCGGCCGUCAACCUGGUGCGCCAUAGCAGCGCCGCGCCCACCGUGUCCAUCAGCAGCAGCACAACGACGUCGUACCCGCCACCGCCCGAGCGCAGCCACUACGUCGCCACGACGAUUCCGGGCUACGAUGCACAUUCGCAGGCCUACCGCCACCAGCACCAGCACCAACAGCACCAGCACCAGCACCAGCACAUGCAGCCCCAGCCCAUGGCCCCGGCGGGCUACGGCCCCGGCGCCCACACGGGCGUGUCGGUGCCGGUCCCGCCCUACUAUCCGCCCACCCCCCAGCCUCCUACGCCAACCUACCAGCAGUACCCCGCCCCCACCCCCGCCGCCCCUUAUGGCCAAGCCCCCGCCCCCUCGGCCAUGAUCCCCGCAACCCCCAUGAGCUCCAACCACACGCGCAACCUCAUUGGCAUGAACGCCGUCAACGCCUGCCGCCUCAACGACACCAAGAACAAGCCCGGCUUCUGGUUUGUCCUGCAAGACCUCAGCGUCCGCACAGAGGGCACCUUUCGCCUCAAGCUCUUCCUCUUCGACAUUGGCGCCGGCGACGGCACAAACGCCACCGUUGCCGCAGACGGCCCCACGCGCGGCAAGGGCAAGUGCCUCGCCGUCAACUUCUCCGACCCCUUUACCGUCUAUUCGGCAAAGAAGUUCCCCGGCGUCAUUGAGAGCACGCCGCUGAGCAAGUGCUUUGCCCAGCAGGGCAUCAAGAUUCCCAUACGCAAAGAUGGCCCCAAGCUCCCUAAUCAAGCAGAGUAUGAUGCCGAUGAUUAA